AUGAACUUCACGGGCAAGUACCAACUGCAGAGCCAGGAGAACUUUGAGGCCUUCAUGAAGGCAGCCGGUCUGCCUGAUGACAUUAUCCAGAAGGGGAAGGAUAUCAAAAGUGUGUCAGAAAUUGUGCAGAAUGGAAAGCACUUCAAGCUCACCAUCACCACUGGGACCAAAGUGAUGCAGAAUGAGUUCACCAUUGGGGAGGAGUGUGAGCUGGAGACCAUGACUGGGGAGAAGGUCAAGACAGUAGUCAAUAUGGAAGGUGAUAACAAGCUGGUGGCAAACAUCAAAGGCAUGAAGUCAGUGACUGAACUCAACGGUGACACAAUCAUUAGUAUCAUUACACUGGGUGACAUUGUCUUCAAGAGAGUGAGCAAGAGAAUUUAG